AUGGUCAUUGACAAACCUCUGGACGAGAGAGGUGUAGAAGGCGACUGGUCCCAACAUUCGAGCCAGGAAGUUCCCUCUGAGUGGAUGACCAGUAGUGAGACUUAUCAUUCAGGAGAUACAGAUGAAUAUGAGAUGGAUCAUCGACCACCGAUGGAGCGAACGGCUAUCAAGAAAGAUAUACGAGGUUUGUAUGACGAGGUCAUGUGUUUCUCGGAUUCUCGACAAAGAUAUUACAAAGUGGUGGAUAAGCUGGGAGAGGGAACGUUUUCUUCUGUAUAUUUGGCUCGAGAUGAGGGAUGGGAACUGCACUCUAACUCUUAUUGGACCCACGGAAAGGGACCUUGCAAAGUGGCUUUGAAGAAAGUCUUGGUCACCAGUAGUCCACAGCGAAUAGAGAACGAAAUUGCCAUCUUGGAAUCUCUCCGGGGCUGUCGAAAUGUCUCGCAGCUCAUCACCGCUUUUCGAGAAGCUGAUCAAGUCAUCAUUGUGCUUCCUUAUCAUCCCAGCGAUGACUUUCGACAUUUUUACCGUCAUAUGGAUCUCCCCCAUAUCAGAUUAUAUAUGCGAGCAAUACUAAUAGCCCUGAGAGAUAUCCAUCAACGCGGAAUCGUCCAUAGGGAUGUCAAACCUGCGAACUUCUUGUUCGACUACGAGGCAGGGACUGGUGUCUUGGUUGAUUUUGGAUUAGCGGAGGAGCGUUAUUUUCCACCCAGGAAAGCGACAUGUCAACACUCCCCGGCGACACUCAAAAGUCUACACGGCACUAAGACGACGACAGUCGAUACCCCGAUCGUGGAACAGGCACUUUACGAUGCCCGAAAGAGGGCCAAGUUGGCCGAAGGAAGGCUCGGUUUACCUCAUGAUGAUAAACGACCAGCUCUCAAGGCGAAUCGUGCUGGUACUAGAGGAUUUCGAGCUCCGGAAGUCUUAAUCAAAUGUCCUGAUCAGACUGGUGCUAUCGACAUAUGGUCCGUUGGGAUCAUACUCCUCUCUAUCUUGACUCAAAAAUUUCCCAUUUUCAAUUCCAGCGACGAUAUCGAAGCUUUAAUGGAACUUUGCGCAGUCUUCGGUCGAACAGCCAUGGAACAUCGUACGAUAUUGAGCAACGUUCCUACUCUUGAUUAUACUCCUCAAAGUUUAGAAAGUCUAAUUCUUCGUCUCAAUCCACAUUUGUAUACACCUCCCUUACCGCACGUAUCUCCCACAGCGGCGAAAGAACACAUCGAGGCCGUAUCAGGGGCAAUCAGUUUGUGUGGCAAGUUGCUCCGGUUAGACUCUACAAGACGUCUGACCGCCGAGGCAGCCCUGACACAUCCGUUCUUGGCUUCGGAGGAGGAUGAAACGGUGAGGUUGUUGAAAGGGACCGAUGGGAAAUGUGGGUUAUUACAUACGUAUGUGGAUGGCAAACGUGAGUCGUCGUCGUCUUUCUCUGAGAUAUAG